AUGGCUGAAAAAACGACGGAAAUUCAGACGACGCUCGUGCGUUACAACAAUCCGGUGCUCGUGGUGAAGCACGAAGAGAAGAAAGACGAGGAAAUUAAGGAACGCCCGUCAUCGGCAGGAGGAGCAAUUGUCGAUGCUCGAAAAGAAACCGAGGAAAUUUUGAACUCAAUUUUGCCGCCGAGGACGUGGGAAGAAGAUGGGCAACUUUGGACGCAAACGGUGUCGAGUACGCCAGCGACGCGACAGGAUGUCAUCAAUUUGCAGGAGAUGCUCGACACGAGAUUGCAACAAAGUCAGGCUCGGGAGACGGGAAUUUGUCCCGUGAGACGAGAACUUUACACGCAGUGCUUUGAUGAAUUAAUUCGUCAAGUAACGAUCAACUGUGCAGAACGCGGUUUACUUUUAUUGCGCGUUCGAGACGAGAUCGCGAUGUCAAUGGAGGCUUACGAGACUCUUUACUGCAGCUCCGUCUCUUUUGGCAUGCGCAAAGCCCUCCAAUCGCAAGAAGGCAAGGAAGAAUUACAAGAACGGAUCAAAUUACUCGAAGAAGAGAAAGAUAAACUCUCAAAUUCCAUCACCGACAUGAAAAUCAAAGCAGAACAAGCGGAACGAAGAAAUGCCGAGUUACGAGCUUCAGAAGAGAAAAAACACGCAGAGGAAGUCGCGUUCCUCAAGAAGACGAACACGCAGUUGAAGUCACAAUUGGAGGGAAUUAUUGCAUCAAAGAAGUAA